AUGUACAAAGCGAUGAAUGAAGAAAUGAAAAAAGAAAUCGAAAAAAAUGGAUUUAACGAAAAAUUCACUGUCCUUAGAGGAAAAUUUGAUGGACAUGAGUACCUAUUUGAUGGCAAAAAAUUAUCAAAAAAAACUUUAUCCAUACCAGAAAUAAAAUUUUGUGAAUGUCAAGUUAAGAUUUUAUAUCUUUCAAUUAAUCAAUAUUGCUUAACUCAACAAGGGUUUAUUGUUCAAGAAUUUAUUGGGAAAAUUCUUAAAAUUGGAAAAGAAGUUCAUUCAUUCCAAGUUGGUGAUUUUGUAUUAGGGAGAGAUCUUUCUCAAAACUGUUUCAAAAACAUUCUUGUGACCAACCAAACAAAUUUAAUGAAAUUAAAUGAUAAAAAUGAGUCAAAUUUCAUUAACUAUCUUGGAAAUAUGUCUAGUGCUGUCCUUCCUUUUGAACUUAUUAAGAACAUAAUAACUCUUCAUCAAUUAAGUAAUAUUCUAAUCAUUGGUAGUGGUGUUAUUUCAAUGAAAUUAUCUGAUUUACUUCAAAAGAAAAAUAUUACUUACUGUCUUGCAGUUGAAGACACAUUGUAUUCCAAAUAUAGGUCGUUUGGUUAUAAUGUUAUCAAAGUGACUGAAAUAGACUCAUCACUGUUACAUAAUAUUGACACCAUCAUUGAUUUUAAAAAUGAUUUUGAACACUAUAAGAAUUUAGACCACAAAUUCACAUACAUUUACCUCACUGUUCUUCCAAAACAAAAGGAUAGAUCUUCACUAUCCCAAAACGAAACUCAUCCAUUACUAAAUGUUUAUGGGCAUGCUUCAUUUAUUACAUUCCACUGUUCCAUAGACAAUACAACAUUUUUUAAUGAUCAAAAAGAGGUUUGUUCAAUGGUCAGACCUCAUAUCUCCUCAGUUAUUAACAUUAACGAUAGUAAAUCUAUCGAAGAUUCUCUUAUUCACCAACAAGAAGAGGAUGAGACCCUAGUUGUCUCUUUGUAG